UCUUCCAUGACUAACUAAGCUGUGUUCGAGGGGGCACGGCAGUCCGGUCUCCUUCACAGCUGAUGUAACAGAUAAUCGGCUUGCACUGCGCCUUUGGCAAGCCAUGACACGACGAUUGGUGCGCGCAAGCGUCAACCUCGGGGUACUCCUCGUCGUUAUCCUCACCCUUAUUUUCUUCCUCGACAACCGCUACCGAGUCCUCCCCAACUCCAUCCACAGUCACCUUCCCCUCCACCACCCCGGCCUCGUGAUCACCGACCUCACGAUCAAGACCUGCAACAAGGCCAACCCAUUGUCAUCAUGCCGCCUCGACCCAGAUGAAUGGCACCGCAUCGAGAAAGACCUUUACCUCGGAUCCAGCUGGACCAAGCAGGCGUUUGUGCACAUCCGUUCCGCGCGCGAAGAGGAACUGGGCCUCAAAGAUAUGGUUGUCAUGGACGUGCGGGUGGGGAGGUUGGAUCCGUCGGUGGGUGAAAAAGGGCAGGAGAACCAGAAAUGGGAGUCCCGGCCGGGCGGCGUGUGGAUCAAACUCAGUUCCAAGCGGCAUGACAGCGAUUCCAAGAAGGCGGUCACGGCGGUGGAGGUGCUCUUCGGUGCCGAUGCGGCCGACCCGCGACCGAGCUGGGAGCUCAAACCACCGUUAUUGCUGGACAUGUCGUUAGAGGCGGCCACCCCUCGACUCACUGUCCAAAGAGGUUCAACUCCAAGAACUAUUGAGAAGCCCACUCCUCGCGUGCGGAGAGACGGGCGGUUCAAGAUCAUGCAGGUGGCCGAUAUCCAUUUCAGCACGGGAAUGGGCGCGUGUAGAGACCCGGAACCGCCGGAACCGCAUGGUGGAAGGUGCGAGGCGGAUCCAAGGACUCUUGAGUUCCUCGGCAAGAUGCUUGACACGGAGAAGCCAGACUUGGUUAUCUUGAGCGGUGACCAAGUGAAUGGCGAGACGGCACCGGACGCACAGACCGCCAUCCUAAAGUUCGCGGAUAUCUUCAUCCAGCGCCAAAUUCCGUUCGCAACCAUAUUUGGAAACCACGAUGACUUUGAAAAAUCCUCCCUCUCCCGCCAAGCGCAGAUGUCAUUGAUCCAUGCUCUACCCUUUUCGCUCAGCGAGGCUGGGCCGGCUACCGUCUCCGGCGUUGGCAACUACUACGUCGAAGUUCUUGCGCCCGGCACCAGCACGCACUCCGCGCUUACCAUCUACCUCCUCGAUUCCCACGGCCACAGCGGGAACGAGGGCUACGACUACAUCAAAGAAGACCAAAUCAAGUGGUUCAAAGCUACCUCCCGCGCGCUGAAAGAUCAGCAUAAGAAAUAUACCCACAUCCAUCUAGACAUGGCGUUCAUCCACAUCCCCCUCCCCGAGUACCGAGAGGUCGGGAAACCGGUGCAAGGCUCCGUGACGGCGGGCGGGGACGACCAAAAUAAUGGCCAGGUAGUUUUCGGCGACUGGAAAGAGCCCGUCAUGGCGCCGAAUAAGAACACGGGUUUCCGCGAUGCUCUCCUCGAAGAAGGAAUCAGCGUUCUCAGCGUCGGACACGACCAUGCGAACUCCUUCUGCGGCAUCUCCUCCAAGCCUAACGGCGAAGAACCGACCUCAUCCCACGACCAGCGCACCAUGUCCAAGAACAUGUGGCUCUGCUACGGCGGUGGGGCUGGGCUCGGUGGCUACGGCGGCUACGGCGGAUAUCGUCGACGGGUCCGGUUCUUCGAGCUGGACGCCAACGACGGCGGCAUCAGCACGUGGUCGAGAUUGGAGCACGGCGACCGUGGCAAGUUCGAAGAUCAUGUCUUGGUCGAGGGAGGGCAGGUGGUGGUGUAACUGCUCCGAUGUAUAUAUUCAUGCUGGGACCGGAGCGUGUCAGUUUUGGCAAGGCGUUUAGGAUCGAGGCCAUCUGGAGACGGCGGGGAUACCAUGGAUGGGGCCGUUCGUGUUCUUACUUGUUGUUAUGAGUCAGACUUCACACUUAGGACAGAUAUCUGGUCUUUUCAACUCUAUAUUCCCCCACGUGACUUAACCGGACUUCGUUCUUUGCGCUCGAAGAGGUCGAUGUCGUUGACAACAAAGUUACCAAGGGGAGGAGCAUAGUCAAGCGUCGAUGUCUAAUUGGUCGGUUGACACCCCCAAUAUUUCCGAGAAAGGGUACCCGUAGGAACUAAGAACGAAGGACCUCAACUC